AUGGUGGUAACGGAGAGCGAACUGGCUGACUCCAGUCGGAGUCUCCUUGCUGAGCACAGCGCUCCAGGAACAUCAAGCAGUUCUUCCGAAGAUACACACAACUUCGACAGUGCUUCUACCAAUCGCGCUACAUCUUGUCCAAAGACAUCUGUGCACACUCUGGACGAAGAAAUGUUUGCUGCGUGCAAUCUGGACCACCAGGGGCUUUGUUUGACGGGAAUAGAACCUGUGGACACGCCACCCUCUCUGGAAUCGGACCUUUCCCCCACUUUUUCUUUUGUGACUGAAAGGACUCCAGAAUAUUCACAUCAGGACAAUCGAAGGAUUCGGUCUGAUGAUUUUCCAACGGAAACAGACGCACCCAGCUGUCCAAUCCAAAUCUCUCAUUCGGUGACAGACAGCGGCGUAGAGUGUACAGCGGGACAGAAGUUUGCCCCGUUUUGCGGUUGUGCUGAGGAUCCGGAGAACCAAGCAUGUUGGAAGACCGACGACGGUAUGGAUAACUCCCUCGAAUGGCUGGGCGCUAAUACGGGAAAAACUAGGUUGUCCGUCUCUUCAACAGGAGAUGCAUUUAGACCUCAAGAGUUCCCAAUGGGGAUACCAUCGGCAGAGCCGUUCGUCUGCCGACUACCUCCUGAGGAACCUGAUAACUCAAGUGGCAAAAAGCAAGUUGCAAUGCCAGAUCUCUGCGGUAUCGAAGAAUGCAAAGCCGUCUCGUCCGAAGAUGAGUCAAUUGUGGUUAUCUCGAGUGAUAUGGAUAGCGGAGACGACGCCUUUGAGGAGCUCUUCGUAGACCGCGAAGAAAACAGGGACUCCUUCGACGGUAUUACAGGAGACGAAGAUUAUGGAGUCAUUUCCAGGACAGAAUCACAAGACCCUAGCGCUGUCAGCGAAGGAGAGAGCGUCGACCCUGAGUAUCUAGACGAAGAAAACGCCGGUUCAGAUGCUCGAACGUAUUCACUUCAUCUUCCUCUUUCUUCUCCACAACAUUCGCCGGAUGACUUGCGGCCCCUCAGCAACUUAGGUUGUGGAAAACGCAUUCUGGAUUUCGAGCGCCGUCCUCUUCUACCUCAUCCACCUGAUACGGUGCCCUCUUCUGAAGGAGGCCUUUCGUCUCCAGUUUCCAGGUGUCCGGUUGGCCCUGUCAUGCCUCCCUCUGACAAUUACGCAGAGGCUCUGUCUAUUUGGUUCUUUCCCACUGAAUUUGACUCGCUGUUUCCUGGUGCCAAGGACCCGCAGAAAACUGUCGAAUCACAGGUAGAACCCGCUCUUGGUUCUUUAUUCAUGCGAACUUCCUGUGUAUUGACGACGCAACCCAAGGAGUCUUCCCGCACGAUGAUGCAAUUCACAAGUGAAGAAUCUCCCGUGUGCCAGACAGCGGGAGAGUUAUUCGAGAACGAAACAGAACAGACAGCAGAACCAAGAGCAGACCCCGGGGCGUGCUUCGAGCGACUGCCUUCUCCCUGCUCUCCGCAUGCAGGGAAUGAAAAGGAGAGAGAUCCUGGAUGCCUGAGUGAACAAUACAGCUUUUCUAGCGAGGUACCAGAGGUGUGUAUGUGCUCUUCCGAUGCCCCAUCUUCCCUCUUUGAGGCCGCGAUAUGUGACGAAAUGACAGCACUACUAGCUGGUGCAUCACGACAAACUAGCAGUUGCCAUGCUAGUCUGCCUGAUUCACCUCUUCAACCUCUGUCGCUGACUGAUGGAAAAGUGAUCCGUGAGUCCAAGCAGGCUCAGAGUUUCGACAACACAGAAAUCGUAUGUGGAUAUUCUCCACGCUACUCUGCCUUGCCAACUAACGCUCAGGAAGAUGAAACGUGUCAAGCGAGACUUUCAAACGAAGGCAUCGCCGAGUUAACCGAGGUCGGGCCGGGCCAUGGCAAUCUUCCAGUGAAGCGCGAAGGGAGACAAGGAAAGGGACAACGACGGACAGAAGCGUCCUCAGGGCUGAUUGAUUGUUCCUCAUGUACACAACCCAGUUUCAUCAGCGCGGAAAAGCAAUCAAAAAACGCAGACGACGGAACCAGCUUCCAUUCCGGGCAGUGGAAGACAUCCGAAGGGGUGGGACAUGGAGAGGCUGUAGCGGAAAGAGAAGAGUUGGAGUUGGGAGCGGAAGGAGAGGAGACCGUUAACGUGGCAGAGGAAGAGAACGACAUACCGCAGGACGGGGAAUGUUUUUACAUGCCUGCUGGUGAAGGACGGGAACAGCCGAGUUAUCGCGAAGAGGAACCAACAUCAGGAGACUACCCUCAGCAGCGAGAAGCGGAAGAGGAAGAGAUCGUGCCAGACAAAGAGCACAUAGGAUCGGCAGAGGAGCAGCAAGGCGGACGCGUUUUUGUGGACGACGAGGGGGCAGGGCUGCGAGAAGGAGAAAAACUGCAUUGCCAUAAUCCGAUGAAAGGAGUAAAAGAAACACGACGAGGAAGGAAGAGGAAUUCAAAGCAGUGCGGGAAGAAAAAGCGAUAUCAAAGAGGAGCGGAACAGCGCGAGCAGUCUUUUCGCACUUGUGAGACUGAGGAAGUUCUUGAAGAUGACCUGGCAGAUCAGGCUGGAGCGCGGCAUGGCAACGGGGUCUCGGAGGCAGCACACAGGACAGCCGAUGGACAGCAGAAUUCUUCGAGGCCAGGAUGUCACAGCCAACAAGAAACUGAAUGUGCUGAGGAGUCGAAGAACGCUGAGGAGGGUGGAUCAGACAGUUUCAUCGAUGAAGACAGACACGCAGGGUCCCCUGACGGACGACAGCUACAGCCCGAGUUUCUACAGGGUCAUGAUGAAGAGAAGUCCUCUAGCAGCAGCGAGAGAAAACAAAGGGCGAGGGAGGCUAUGUUGCUAACAAUUGGACAGGUGCAAUCUCGGGAAAAGCACACGAGGAGAUUGGCACACACUGCUUUGCGUACACCUGUGGCUUCAAACCGACGUACGCAGUCGCCACAGUCGAUGGCAACCGACACUGAGAGCAAGUCGAAUGUUCAAAGAGACGUUCGUGAGGUAUCUGUGCCUUCCCUUUCGCCGCAUUUUCGCGGUGUUGGGCAAACGGACGAUGAAGGCCAAAUGUGGACGGAUAACGAGACAAACGUGCCAGAUCGAGACCCCGAGGGUUUCAGGGAGACGCGUAAAGCAUGUGCCUUCGUAGGAAGUGAAUCUGCGUACACAUCACCACGUGCCUCUUCUUUGGUUCCAGAUGAAGGCAGUAUCGGGCAUCUGAUCAGUCAACGUCCUUCGUUGGCCGCACAAGACAACCCCCGAAAGUGUAGCAUUUCAGACGCCGUUAACAGAAAAAGAUUUCAGGACGUGAUGACUGUUCCCUGCUCUUCCGGACGACAGAAAAGUAGAAAAAAACGAGGUACGGCCGAACGUGGACAUACAACCAAGUGCGCAGAGGCGAAACAGAGCGAUGAUACCAAAGAUGUCACCAUCGCGGAGCAAAGGCAAGAAGGAAGAGGAAGGACGGAAAACAACACGUUUUGGCGAGAAGAUGCAGGUGGCGAAAAAGAACCAUGGAAAACCAGCGGAGAAGAGCAAGGGCAAAAAGCCUCCUACAUACAUCUUGACUGUGCCGAACAACACAUGGAAGGACAGUUAGAUGAACAAGAGGAAGAAGAAAGGACCACACUUCGGUGCGUGUGCAGUGAAGAGGUCGGAGUGGAGAAAAAGAAUUGUCUGGAUCUGGACUCUUCGAAGGGGGAGGCAGCCGGAAACGAACGUACCCGGUGUUGGGCACGGUGGCCAGAGGACGAAGAGGAAGAUGACAACAUUUGGCGAGAGAAGGAAGAAAUGGAAGAGGAGCACAAGACAGAAAAGGCGACAAACGAGUCAGUCGAUAGAGUCUUUGUUCACCCCACUUCUGAGAGGGUGAAGGAUACUGGAGGCCCACACGGAGCUGGCGUGACUCACCAGAGGGCUUCCGGGCCUCUCCUCGUAUUAGCACAGCAGAAGGGCGCACCGCCCGCGCACGAAGGAAGAGAGACUGCGGUGAGGGGGAGGCAAGACGAAAGAGCGGAAACCGACAACAGAGAGGAAUGGCAGAGGCUCUUGCCUCUUUCAAGCCACAGGUCCGCCGACGGGAACAGUUUUUCUUCGCUCGCUAAAGGAAUCAUGAGAAGCGACGAGCGCUGGAGUGGCACGAAGACACUCUUCAGAAAAAGCGUCACCGGUGACGGAAACAGAACUAGAGAUGCAGAAAAGAGAACGUUUUUUCAUUCAAUGGAAACAGACCCCAGAAGUGCUUCAGCGCCCCCUGGCCGACCGUGUACCUACUCAGGGGGCAACGGUAUCUAUUCACCAGAAAGAACUGCGGAUUCUCGCUUCGCAGAGGACAGCCCGCGAGAGCGUUUCAAAGUUGACGUUGAGUUAAACCAGGACAGCAAGGGGUUGACCUAUUUUGCCAAAUCUCCUCGUUCUCCCAGCGGGAACGAGAAUGACAUAAACGGCUCGCAUGAUUCAGCUUCGCUCUCCGUAACUCCACAAACGGCUACAGUCCCGCAGCUCAAAACAGGAACGGGAAAAAACAGGUGUCAUGUCAUCACAAAGCAGGAAAAGAGCCAGAGGCGAAACGAAGACGGGGGCGAGACGCGGAAGCAGGGAAAAAGAGAGGCGAUGCUUAAAGGGGAAGAUGCUGCAGGUGUGAAUCAAUGUGCUGCAGGUGCAGUGGUACCAGCGGCUGCGCUAGCCUUCCCCGAGGGUGCCAAAAGAGGCAAAGAAACCAACGGACACUGUAUAAAUCUUUCUUCCUCUCUCUCCUGUUCCCCUCUUCCAUGUCCCUCUCCGUCUACACACCUCGGUAGAGACGGCGUGCCCGGGAAGGCCAUCGAAGAGAGCAGGGACGGGGGCGAGAAAGAGACGGGAGAGGCCCGACACGAGAAAGAAGAACACAGAGACAAAAGCACCUUGGAGACACAACAGGAGAAAGAAGAGACGGAAGUCAAAGUGCAAGAAACUGUAGUUACGGCGGCAGCACAUGAUGAGGCAGCAGGCCUAAGCGCAAGGAAAGAAGAACAGGAGGAGGACAGGGAAGAAGAGAUAAAUGCGGAUCCAUGCUUGGAUGAAGACGUUCCGCUUCUGUCGAUUCUUCUUCCCAAGGGCGGGAAAAGGAGUGGGGCACAGAAAGCAAAACGCGAUGGAAAAGGAGGAAAGCUUAGUGCCCUACUUAGAGGAUCCAGAAGAAAAGAAAACGCAAGGGGUAAGGCGAAGCAUUCGUUGACACGUGUUUUGUCCUCAGGUGUCGAAGGUACUUUACAGGUCCAUUCCGAGAGUAUGUUACCAAAGACAGAACAGGAGGAACCAGAAAGAGAGAAGGGAGACGACGGGGAAGAAGGUGAUAACGAGAACACAGGAUAUGCGGAGGGGAGAGGAGAGACACCCCCACAAGACGAAAAAGGGGGACGCUUGGAAGGAAAACAUCGAUAUAUCGCUGAAGUUAUGCCACCGCCUGAUAUAGAUGCGGGGGAGGUAGAUACGAAAGUGAGGAAUCUGGGCGACCAUGAAAUGGAGUCGGUCAAUGAAAGAGAAAAGGAGGAACCGAACAGGGAGGCCGAGAGAGAUGUAGCACAUGGAAGCGAAUCAACUAUCGAAUACGCACACGAAACACCCGUACAGCACGGAUCUAGUGCCGAUGCGAAGCAAGAGUGUUGGGGCGAGGCAGCGAAAGACAGCCAAAAUCUCAACACCACAGACCUGCGGAAGACAGGAAGUGUCCAGGCCCUCUUGGGCGGUGAAGUCGAAGCCAAGAACGCCCCGAUGACAACAGCUGUGGAGCGUAGUGAUUUCGAGGCUAAGGCGCUGGCAAUGGCCACCAUGCACCAGACGAGGCUGGCAGGCGAGAAGGCUGAUCACGGCGAAAAGGCAGAAGACCGAUACAGAAGAAAGCGAGAGGAUAUAAGCGGGAAUGACGAAGACAACAAAGAAAAGGAGACGGAAACGAUAAACAUGGAGCGCGAUGGAGCCGAAACCACGGGUGAGAAAACCGAGGGAACAGAGACGGUGGGGAAAGUGGAACACCAGACAACGAGAGUUCAUCCUGAACAGGAGAAACGAAGGCGAGGCCAACGCAGACGUGAGCAACAGGAGGAGAGAAGACAGAGGAAGCGAAUACAGCUACAGGAAGAGAGACUGAAGAAAGAGGAAGAGGAAAGAAAAGCAAAGGAGAUGGAGGGGCAGAGAAGGCAACAGGGCGUAUGUGAGCGCCUAGUUGAAGAAGCUCCUCUCAAGAAGGCAGAGGACCAUCUCGGCAAACAGUUCCAAAGAGACCAACAGAGGACAAGGACGGACCAAAGCCUUUCGGAACACCAAAGCUCCAAGUCGAUCCGAGACGCACUAUGUAAUUUAGAACCCGUGCCUGCUGUAUCGUCUUUACGUCGAUCCUCAGUUCCAUCUUCGUCGCUUCAGACAGGUUUCCCUUCUUCAGUCUGCGGGGCUCGGCCGUCCUCGUUUGGACGAGAGCAGAAGAACAACUGCGGGAAGAAGAGACAGACGUGUUGCCACCGCAAGAGUCCUCAUCUGUCGUCGCCUUCCUCGCGUUUUCCGCGGCAGCCACGGGAGGGGUUGCGGGCUUCGGGAGGAGAAACGAGAGGUUCGCUUGUAGCGUAUGGCGAAAGCAGAGGGAGGCUUCACCAACUGUCAAAAUGGACGGUGUGGGCCGUUCUCCUUCUGGCGUGGACGUGGUGGCGUCCGGCGUCGGUGCCGAACUAG